AUGUCUCGCUCGCCAUCUCAGACACCGGCCCGUGAGCCGUUGCCCCGUCUGUCCCGAAGCUCCCAGCGUGCCCACGAACAAACAUCCCUCCUGUCCUCCUCCGAGUCUGACGCCGGCUGUGGCCCCAGUCGUGCCCGCGGCGUGGUGCGCAUGGAAAUGGUGGCAUCGCAGCUCACCACCUCGGAGCGAGCAUGGUUGUUCUUUGGCAUAUUCCUCGUCGGAUACGCAUAUGGCCUGGAGAGCCAAGUCCGCGCAACCUACCAACCUUACGCUACCUCGUCCUUCUCCCUACACUCGUACCUGUCCACCAUCAACGUGCUCCGAAGCGUCGUUGCCGUGGCGGUCCAGCCGACGGCCGCCAAAGUCGCAGAUCUAUUCGGCCGUUUUGAGAUCGUGGCCGCUUCCACCGCUUGCUACGUCCUCGGCAUGUUCAUCGAGUCCACUGCCUCCUCGGUCUAUGCGUUUUGCGUCGGCGCAAUCAUCUACCAGAUAGGGUACACUUGCAUCGUGCUGGUGCUCGAGGUCCUCGUCGCCGACUUCUCAUCUAUGCGGGCCCGCGUCUUCUUCAGCUACAUACCUGCCCUGCCCUUUGUCGUCAACACCUGGAUCAGUGGCACCGUGACGUCCGCCGUCUUGUCGGUUGCGACUUGGCGAUGGGGCAUCGGCAUGUGGUGCAUCAUCUAUCCCAUCUGCUCGUGGCCCCUGCUCACCACCCUGUACAAGAUUGACCGCCGCGCUUCGCCGCCAAAGCACGCCGCGCCCAAGAGCUUCCGUGACGGAUGGAAAUGGAGCCUUCCGGGGCUUGGAAAGUCAACGAGGGGGCUGGCGGACCGGCUGGACGGCGUCGGACUGGCCACCAUGGUGGGUGCAUUCAGCUUCAUCCUCGCGCCCGCCUCCGUCAUUGGAACCACGGCCGAGCACUGGAGAAACCCGUACGUGGUUGCCUCGCUGGCCGUCGGCUUCGUCCUCGUGCCCACAUUCGUCAUUUGGGAACGCCGUGGUGCCAAGACGCCUCUCGUGCCUUUCCACCUCUUGGCCGAUCGCGGUGUCUGGGCCGCCCUCGCCGUUCGAAGCCUGCUCAACUUCGCAUGGUAUGUCCAGGGCAACUACCUGUACACGGUUCUCGUCGUGGCCUUUGACUUUUCCAUAGGCACGGCGACCCGCGUCCUGUCGUUCUACUCCUUCUUUGGCGUCAUGAGCGGCGUCAUAGCAGGCCUGGUGGUCUAUCGGGUUCGACGACUGAAAGCCAUGAUUGUCGGCGGCACGAUCCUGUUCGCCCUUUCCUUCGUGCUACUUUGCAGGUUUCCAGGGGGGGUGACGGCUCAUGCGCAGGCGGGCAUGAUCAGCGGACAGGUUCUCAUGGGUCUUGCCAGCGGUCUCUUUGCCUACCCAACACAGGCGUCUAUCCAGGCGUCAGCGACCCGCGACCACGUUGCCAUUCUCACCGGCUUAUAUCUGUCCUUUUACAACGUUGGCAGCGCCUUUGGUACCUGCCUAGCCGGCGCCAUCUGGAGCCAAGCGUUGUAUCCCACGCUCAAGCAAAACCUGGCCUUUCAGCCCAACGAGACGCUGGCAGGCCACAUGUACAAGUCGCCGUUUGCUGUUGUGGCGCGAUACCCUGUCGGGACGGAGAUUCGAAGCGCCAUCAUCGAAAGCUACAAGUCUGUGCAGCUGCUGCUCUGCGCGGCGGGCUUGUGUUUGUGCAUGCCGAUGAUUGCGUUUGCCUUGGCGCUGAGGAACCCCAGGCUUUCGAAGCAGCAGGUUCAGGAGGAGGCACUGGAGGCGGACGAGCAGGAUACAUGA